CCCAACUCAAUAUUUUCGUACUGACUCAACAUGAAGUGAAAAGUUGAAUGGUUUGAUAUCAUGUCUGGAACCAUGAGCAAAGUUUUACUGAAUGCCCCUUUCACAGAAACAGAAGUACAAGAUGGCAAGCUUGUAUACRUCUUCGACAAGAAGCAACACGCUCAAACUCUUCUUCACAACCUUAUUGUCAUGCAAGACAAUGACGAAGGAAGUCUGACAGAUGUGGUCAUCACCAGUAAAGAGAAUGAGCAGUUUUAUUUCCAUGGACCUAUCCUGGCUGCUUUGAGUAAAAACCUAGAGGAAAAUCUUGUGAAACGAGGUCUUGGCUCUGCAGCCUCUUUCAUCUCCAAAACUGUCAUGGAGGAAAAUUUCAGCUCAGAAGCUAUUCAGUGUCUGUGGGACUAUGCUUACACAUCAGUCGUAACUAUUACUCCGUCCAAUAUGAACGAGGUGAAGGAGCUAGCAGAACAUUAUGGUAUCGACAGCUUAAAGAGAGAAUGCAAAGUGCAAGAAGAGGAAAAUUUCAAUGAUGACUGCGAUGGUGUUGAGCUCAAAUUCAAAGAUCUCCCUGAAUUCAUACUAAACGCUUUGUAUGUGCUUCUUAAAGGCAGCAAUAUUUGUUCAACUGCUGUAACAAGUUCUGACCCCUUGGCUAAGAUUCCAUGCUAUGGCGCCAUCCUGGCUGCAGCUACCAGUGAGCUAGCAUGUGGAGACUCCCAUGAAAACCUGCAAGUAAAUGAUGAUACUUUUCAAGCCAUACCUGCUUUCCUGAGGUACCUCUAUACAGCUAGCCUGAUGGUCGGGCCUGGUACGGUACAACAAUUACUAGAAAUGGCAGUAGAGUUUAACCUGCCUGGCAUGGGACAGGCGUGUUGUUGCUGGCUGAAAGAUGCCUUGUCACCUGACAACGUCUUGAGCGUAAUGAGCAUUGCGAAGGCUUGGCAAGUAAAUGUUCAAGAUCAAAGUUCAGGCGUAGGAAGCGAAGAUUGCUUCAUACCAGUGUCCCUGUACGACGCAUUAGAAGAUCUUUAUCAGUCUGCAAGAUCACUUGCCUUGAAGGAUUUCCUCGAUGUUCAAAAAAGCGAGGAUUAUUUGGAGAUGUCUUUGGCAGAGUUGCUAGACUUGAUUGUUGAUGACGAUCUUAUCGUGGAUUCAGAGGAAGACGUCUUCUAUGCUGUCAUGAAAUGGGUAGAAUUUGACCCAGAAACACGUGGCGUGGAGCUGCCAAACCUUCUUCAGUCUGUUCGCCUGGAGCACAUGUCGGUUGGAUUCCUCCAUACCAUCAAGGAACAUGACUUGGUGAAAACGAAUUCCUAUUGUGUUGAGGUGAUAGAGAAAGCAUUGAGAGAUUUACUUGAACAGAAUUAUCCUGAGGGAGACGUUCAAUUCAGCGAAGGAGCUGAGUAUUUUUUACCCGAUUUUAGUUCUAAACAGUGUGCCCCAGCAAACUACGAACCGAUCUUUAGCAUUCCACAUCCACCCGAGUGUACACCGGAUUUCAACCCAGUUCCUGAAUCCAUUCCGUUUGAUGCAGCGUCGCUACCCGAAUGCUUUGACCAGUCGUACGAUGACGAUGGAAGAACCUUACWAGAAACAACUACACAAGGUCUUCCAAGAAAGCCAGAUAUGAGGCUGAGAAAAAACAGAAACUCUUUCCUUGAAGAAGGGAAAAACCUGGAUGGGACGCCCGACAAAAGACUCAGGGAAAACAAGAGUCAACAUUCUGCAGCCAGAAAACUAGAGUAUCCAACGGAGGAUUUGCCAAGAAGGAAAGAUGGGCAACCCGAUAGAAGAUUUAAAGCAGUGAAGGAGUUGGAAAAUGYUAAUGCACCAUGCAGAAAAGAUGGAAAACCAGACAUGAGAUUUAAAGUCAACAAAACGAUGAAAGCAGUCAAAGAAAAUGGCCAAGAUGCGCUUGCCAAACUGAAGCUGUUGCCUCAAGGACCGACAAGAAAGGAUGGAAAACCAGACAUGAGAUUUAAAGCAAAUCGCUUUCCUACGAAAGGAGUUCUGUGUAAUGGACCAACUAGAAAAGAUGGCCAACCAGAUAUGCGCUAUUCCGCCAACAAACAGAAGGUAGAUAUUGAAUAUYUGACUACAGAACACGACGCGUGUACAAAAGGUCCAAGGAAGAAGGAUGGUACUCCUGACAAGCGAUUUGCUGUUAAUAAACAUCCCAGUGACACAAUAACCAAGGUGGCACCGGGUCCAGUGAAGAAGAAUGGAGGCCCAGACAUGCGGUUUGCUGCAAACAAGGGAAUUUCUGCCUACGCCUCAUCAGGACCACUGAAGAAAGAUGGAACUCCUGAUAUGAGGUGCCGUGCCAACAGAAACUCGCCUGAUGUAAGUGUCCGUGGUUCAUCAAGUGGAGGGGUAAACGUUUCAUGUGGUCCAUUGAAAAAAGACGGCACUCCAGAUAUGAGGUACAGUGGCAACAAGAGUUCAAAUGCCUCAAGUGUCAGCUCAGGAUGCUCCAGCAUCGGCGGAUCUACUAUGUCUAUGUCGAGUAGUUCGUCUGGAAGCUAUGGCUCUUCUGUUGCAAGUGGUCCAUUGAAGAAAGAUGGCACCCCUGAUAUGAGGUACAGAAGCAAUAAAAGCUCAAGUAGUUCAAGCUUUGGCUCGUUAAGUAGUAGGAGUUCCGGUUGGUCUACUUCGUCGUAUUCAAGUGGUUACUCAGGAAGCUCAAAUGUUUCUACUUCGAGUGGACCGAUGAAAAAGGAUGGUACUCCUGACAUGCGUUACAAGGCGAACCGCCAUUAGAAUACUGUGUUACUGGCACUCCUUGCAUGCGUUACAAGGCAAUCCGCCGUUAG